AUGGUUGUUGCGUUAGUUUCAUAUCUACUUAAGCAGGGAAUAAAGCCGGAAAAGGAAUCGGAUUGUGAUUGUGUCACUGUGGCGGUCUUUGAUGGAUGGGAUAGGAUUUUUAGCGGUGAGAAAUCGCAUUACGGUUGCAUUGACCCGAGCACAACAUGGCAUGUAUGUAGUUGGGAACCUCGUUUACUUUGCGGAUUGCUCGUCAUUUGGCGCCAGCUAGCUACCGACAUGUACGAUAAGGGAUUUGCAGACUCGUUGUUGCCGAUUCGCUGCCAGCGCCAUGGAAAUCUUCAGAAGAUUGAACAUCCAAGUGAGUUCGCUACAAAAUCACCGGAGGGUGGAUGUUUGGAAAUCUGCGAUGCCGAGCUUCCAUGUAGUCACAAAUGUCCAAGGAGGUGCCAUCCGAAUGAUGACCAUGAUAGCUGGAAAUGUACACAAGAGUGCCUCCGAACAUGCAAAGAUGAGCGCUACCGACAUCCAUGUCAGCGAAGAUGCUUUGAGCCAUGUGGUGACUGCGCUCACGUAGUAAAAAUUCGUCUGAAGUGUGGGCAUUUCUACAAUGUCCUGUUGCUACCUCGGGACAUGUGUUUGCGUCAUGAACGAUGCAAGAAAUGCUUAGCUGUGAAUGUCUUCAACUUGUGGUAA